AUGCCCGGCAAACGCCAUCCAAAGGGCCGUAAUAAGCGUAAACGCGAUGGCCCGCAACUCCCCGGUUUCCUCCACCGCCAGCUCGAGGCGUUCGACGACGGUGGCGUCGACGGAAGAGAGUUCGCACCGACGACCAAGAAGUCGAAACAGUCCAGAAAAGAACUCCGCGCGACGAAGAAACGCGAUGCGAACGAGCGCAAGCAGAGCGCGGAGAGGUGGAAAGCCGAGCGCCGCGCGCUGAGGCGGUCGGGGACGCACGCUGAGGCGGAGACGCGCGCGACGAGUGCGGAGAAGGCGACGACGACGACGAGCGGCGGCGGAACGAAAACGACGCGCGGGCCGAGCGCGGGCGUCGAGACCGCGCGUGAGGGACAGAAAACGGCGCGUGAUGAUCGUUCGAAGCCUUCGACGAGCUCUGGUAAGAAAGUGGAGAGGUUGGAGAAAGCGGAGAUGCGGGCGAGCGUGCGAGAGGCGUACGAACGGGACGAGGCGGCGGCGCGGCGACUGGAGAAGAAACUAAAGGGAAGAAAGGGGCCGGAUGACGGGUUGAACGAGCUGUUCGAAGGAUUGCCGGACAUGGAUUUCUUGAACGGCGGCGAGAGCGAGAGCGAGGAGGAGGACAUGGAAGAGGAGGACAUGGAAGAGGAGGACAUGGAAGAGAGCGAAGAAGAGGAAGAGAGCGAGGAGGAGGAAAGCGACGGAGAGGAAGAGGACGUCGAACAGGAGGCGAAAAAGGAGAAGAAAGUCGAAGCCCCGGCAUCGAGUUCGGGUAAGUACAUCCCUCCUGCGCAACGAGCGCGAAUGGCGGCCGAGGCUGCCUCGACGCCCGGAUUCGAUCAGUGUGUUCGACAAAUCAGAGGUUUGAUGAACAGAAUGGGUGAGUCUAACGUCGCUGGCAUCGUCGACGACGUCGCUGAUUUAGCGCGAAAAUUCCCUAGAAUGGAGGUGUGCGAGACGACGACGAAAGAAAUCAUGACGGCGCUUACGGAGGGCCCUCGCGCGAGCGACCAGUAUUCGGCAGCCAUAGCGGCUUUUGUCUCCGGCAUUUCAGGUGCGAUCGGUCCCGAGGCUGGCGCACGUUUCGGAUCGCGUAUGUGCGUGAAAUUAGAGCAAGAACAGAUGGAGGACAAAGCAAGAUCUUGCAGCAACAUCGUGAACGUCUUCGCGCGUCUUUACACAUGCGGGCUGUAUCCGUCAAGCGUGUGUUACGGUUUUCUGGUUACACUGGCGAAGAGUUUGUCCGAGCUCGACUCGACGCUCAUGCUCACUCUUCUUCGAAUCGCUGGACCUCGUCUUCGAUCUGAAGACCCGGUCGGCAUGAAGGAGUUCAUCUUAGCGCUUCAAGCUCGCGUGGCUGAGCUACAAAAGGAACGCGGCGACGGCGAAGAUGGCGGGCAGCUAUCAAAGCGCGCACGUCUCAUGCUGGAGAUGGUGAUCGAUCUGAAGAACAACAAGAAACGCGACAACGUACAGGAUGUGGGUAAAGACCAGUGGGGAUUUCCGGUUGCUCUCAGCAAGUGGUUGCGCGGAACGAACAUGGGUGAAGCCACGGUGGCUCUUCGUGCGUUGACGUACGAAAAGCUCAUCAAGACUGAGAAUCAGAAAGGACAGUGGUGGCUUCCCGAAGCCGCCGGCACCGCCGAUUGGUUUGCCGCGCGUGCAGCGCAAGAAUCUGUCACAAAACAGGCUGUGAAAUCGCGAGAAGGGGGCGAACUGUUGGAUCUAGCGAAAAAGAUGCGAAUGAACACCGAGACCAGACGAGCCGUGUUCUGCGUCAUCAUGGGAUCGGAUGAUUUUGCCGAUGCUCUGGAGCGUUUGUUGCGAUUACCACUCGCUGACAAACAAGAUCGAGAGAUUCCUCGCGUGUUAUUGGAGUGCUGUCUCCAGGAGAAGGCAUACAACCCGUACUACGAGGUUCUCGCGACCAAGUUGUGCGAACGCGUUCGAUCGCACCGAUUGACAUUUCAGCUGUGCAUCUGGGACCAGCUCAAGGAAAUCGACGAUCCAUCCUCUUCCGUGCGUAGGAUAUCAAACUUGGCUCGACUCUUGGCUGGAUUAGUCCUCUCCGGUGCUCUCGCGCCGACGGCACUCAAGGCUUUGGAGUUCGGUGUCGACGUCGCUCCACGCGUCGCCCUCCAUCAUAAACUCCUCCUACAGGCCAUCCUCGAGGACCGAUCCAGGACCACAGCCGCGGACGCACUCUUCCAGAAGAUCGCCUCUGCCCCCGAGCUCACCAACGCAAAGGCCGGUUUCAUGCGCUUCCUUCGAGAUCCCGAUUCUUUGGUCGCCGUCGCCGCCGGCGCCCAAUCCGACUCAGCGCUCGCUAAACGUCUCGCCAAUCGAGCCGUCACCGCGCGAAACAUCCUCAUCGCCGCGUCCUAG